CAAAAUCAAAUUUACUGAAAAAAGUUAGGUUAUUAGAAAAAAGUGUGUGAGGUGCAGUGUUUUUUAUCGAGAUAAUAUUAUUUUAAUUAAAAAUGAGUUCUGGAUUUAUAUCCGAAAGUGAAAUAUUGGAAGCGAGGAGGCGAAGGCAAGAGGAAUGGGAAAAAGUACGUACAGCAGACCAGCCGGAAGAGGCGCCAGAAGAGCCUUAUGACACGCGGCCGCUGUACCAGCGCUUGGAAGAGCAGCGACUGAAGAAGGAGGCUGAAUACGAAGAGGCACAUAAGCUCAAAAACAUGAUCCGCGGCCUUGAUGAUGAUGAGGUCGGAUUCCUGGACCUGGUGGAACGCUCAAAGGCUAAGGCUGCCCAACAGAUCUCCAUUGAGGAGCAGAGAGAAAUGCAGGAGUUCAGGGAGCGGGUCUCCAACCUAGCAGAGAGUGAGGAGUUGACUCGACUGCGCGCUCAGCUCGCGCCGGCGCGCAACACACAGACCACCUCGCAAGGCCAAAACACACAGAAGAAUAAACUGCAAGGGGUGGUGGUAAGAAAACGCAAGGCGAGUGAGCUAGAUGGCGAGAAGCAGGACAAAGACUCGCCGCCGCCGAAGUCCAACGGAAUUGUAACUAAUACUAACGAUUCGCAGAACGGCAACGCUACGGGCACUGAAGACUGCGUACUACGCUGUGUGGGCGUACUGCCGGGGCUCGGACACUACGACACUGACUCCACCUCCGAUACUGAUGACUCCAGUGAUCAUGAUUCUAACGACAAAUGCUGCGCCAAGCGCGACAUGCUGGGUCGCCGGCACGAGGACAAGUCGAGGAAAGACGACAAGAGCUAGACAACGUCCUGUAUGAACUCUCCUCUAUGUUAUGUGAUGUAAUCUAAGUUAUCGAUAGUACAUAUAAUUUUAACAAU